UAAUUAGUCAUCCAUCCGUCAAAACCCGUUCCCCUCUUCCUCCUCCGUCAGUACGCCAUGGCCGAACACCUUGGAAGUGGAAACCACACCCCAUCACUUACGGAAUCCCUAACAUCACGUGGCGUAGCCUCCGCCAUCGAUUGCGGUGAUCUUCCUUCCAUCGUAUCCUCAUUCGUCGAUACUUUCGUUGAUUUCUCCGUCAGCGGCGGCCUUUUCUUGCCUCCGGAACCGGAAUCGAUUGAGAACUCGAAAGGAGAACUGCGGACGGUUUUUCCUCAGCCCAGCCGUCUCAUUGCCAUCGGAGACAUCCAUGGAGACCUUCGUAAGGCUAAGGAGGCGUUGCUGCUCGCCAAUUUGAUUGGACCGGGCGACCGGUGGUGUGGAGGCUCCGCCACCGUUGUCCAGGUUGGGGAUAUUCUCGAUCGCGGCGGGGAUGAGAUUAAACUGCUGUAUUUCUUCGAGAAAUUGAAGCGAGAGGCUGCUAAAGCCGGAGGUCAAGUCAUAACCCUAAAUGGAAACCACGAAAUCAUGAAUGUGGAUGGGGAUUUUCGGUACGCUACUCCGAGUGGUUUGAAGGAGUUUGAAAAUUGGUUAAUGUGGCAACGCGUUGGGAAUGCUAUGAAGAAAAUGUGCAAUGGUAUCGAUGGAAAUACGAUUUCUAGGGAUUUAUUGGAUGGAGUUCCCGAUGAGAUUCCUGGAGUUCGUCCGGACUUCUUGAACGCUGCCAGGGCUCGAUUUGCCGCUCUGCGGCCGAAUGGAUUGGUUGCAACAAGAUUCUUGUCGAAGAACCAGACAGUGGUCGUGGUAGGAGACUCUGUGUUUGCUCAUGGCGGGCUCUUACAGAAACAUGUGGUCCACGGUUUUGACCGGAUCAAUGAGGAGGUUAGGGAUUGGAUUCUUGGCGUAAAUAAGCGUGUUGCGAAUUAUUUGGUGCGCGGGAGGAGUUCCAUUGUUUGGAUGAGGAGCUUCUCGAAUGAGCAGGCUAAGGACUGUGAUUGCUCGAUGCUGGAGCACGUGCUCGAGACGAUUCCUGGAGUGAAGAGGUUGAUCAUGGGACAUACUAUACAGCAAGAAGGUAUUAAUGCUGUAUGUGCCAACCGAGCAAUAAGGAUUGAUGUAGGGAUGUCGAAGGAAUGCGGUAAUAAGUUCCCCGAGGUUUUGGAGAUCAAUGAAAACUCUGAGCUUAGGGUUUUGACAUCCAACCCUACGUAUUGGAAAGGGUAUCAUGCUUAUGUGAACAGGGGUAAGAAAGAUGGAUUAGGUUUGUUGACCCCGGAAACCGGAUCGAGGCAAAUUAAGGUGAAUUCUUGAUUGUUGCGCGUCCUAUCUGUAUUGUUCGGAAGCUUCUAGGAUAUACGGAUUCGUUUACCCAAUAAAAUGGAUGGGUUUGGUUCAAUCCAUGAUACCUCAAGGUUAUAAGGAUGUAAGGAUUCUUUAACUUCUAUAGAUUGAAGCAAAUAUGCAGAUUAUUGAUGCAUUGUUUAGUUCUAGCUUGCAACUUUAGUAUAUAGUAUAAAUGCGUCAAGAUUAGGUUGCAAGAACACUACGACUUUAUAUACAUGGAAUCUAUUUUGCAAAUGACUUGUGCCGUGUUUUUUUUUCUCAUCCAAAUGUGAAAUCAUUUCGAUCUUGAUUUUGUAUGCACUAUGGCUAAAUUUGAUGUUGUAGGACAUGCUUACAUAAUUUCUAUUCGGCAGUAUAUUGCAGCGUGUGCCUUUUUCGUGCAAAGUGAAUGUUUUCUGUCUUAAUACGCGAACAUAUUUAUAUAACUUGAGAUCUUAAUUUAGCACCACAAUUUACAAUGCGAAGUUACGUCAUCUCAGAAGGCUGGCAUCAUCUGUUUGCUAUGCUCGAUGGGAGUUCACUUGUGUUUAAGAUAUGCUACAGUACGACGAAUGGUUCAAUUUUUUUUUAAUAUCCUUGCUGUGGUUGAGAAAGAUUGAUUUUGUUGUUAAUUUCCUCUGGAAUACUUCUAUGGGACUCAUUUAAUUUUCUGGCACCAUCCUGCAUUGUAAAUUUACGCACUUCACUUUGAUAUUUAACAUAGUCAAUGAGGAUGACUACACAGUGAAAUUGUAUCACUAAACAGACAACAUUUAGAUUACUCAUAGUUGAGCACUUGAUUUUGGAUUAUAAGGGAUUAGUGUUGUUGGGGACAAAUGCCUUUUGCUGCUUUCGGAUCGGCUAGUUUGCCCAAACAGCAGCAGCCAUAGUUACAAAGAAUCUACGUACUGUUCAUGGUGUAUAUUUAUAAAACUGCUUGCAGCUUUUCAUUUAGUGUCCACUACUAUGGGGUUUUGUUGCUCGUGAGCGCAUACAGGCAUGAAGAACGAGUUUUACAAAGCCAAUUCUUUUGAGGAUGAUUCUUAAGCCAGGCAAGUAAACCUUACAUGUCGACGAGUUCUGUCCUCAAGCUAAUCCCUGGCGAGCUCCAAAAGCCCGGUGAGUGAUAUAUGAUGUCUUCUUAGCCAAUUGUAAUGUAUAUGAUUUGCUUGAUUGCUACAAUCUAUAUGUUGUUCUUACAUUGUACGGGCUAAUCCUUCAAUAAUUUAGGUAAUACUCCCUCCGUCCCACAUACCAUGUCCACGUUGCCGUCCCACAUACCACGUCACUUUUCUUUUUUUUGGAAAAUAAUUACACAUUUUAAUCUCAUUUUAAACCUUUUAAUUUUAUUUAUUUUUUAAAUUUAUAAUUAUUUAUAUUAUAAGAUAAUUAUUUUUAUUAAUAUAUUAUUAAUUAUUUACUAAUUACAUCCCAGACAUGGUCGUAGGACGGAGGUAGUAUUUAUUAUCUAUGAUUUGUGUUCAAUUAUAUGGAACUAAGAAUUGUGUCUUUUUUUUAUUAAUUGAAAUAUCAAUUCAUGUUGCAAGCCAUUCCUUGUAAAAGAAAUUGCCCGUGUAAUUUUGGUUCAUGCC